AUUCUUCGUUCAAUAUUGAACAAUUUAGAUUACAUUCACCAAAAAUACAUUCAUAGUGAUCUUCAUAGCAAAAAUAUACUUAUGUUUAGUAUUGAGGAUUUUAUUCCUCGUGCUUUUGAUUUAAAUGGCACAUUAAUAAUGAUUCAGGCGAAUGUUGGAGCGAAGCAAAAAAAACAUGACAUACAAAAGUAUGGCGUACUUUCCUAUUUAGCACCUGAAGUUAUAUUAAAGAAGCAAUACACUAAAGCAUCAGAUAUUUAUAGUUUGGGUGCAAUUAUGUUAGAGGUAUCAACUGGUCGACCGCCUUUUAUAAAUAUGCAAAAUGAAGAAGAUUACAUUUUAAUGCAGGAAAUAAUUAAAGCCUCACGUCCUAAAUUUGGCCCAGGAACACCUGAUUGUUAUGUAAAUCUCGCAAAUCAACAUGUCUAUGAAAAGUUUCAAGAUUGGGAGAUAAUCCUCGAUAAAAACAUUGAAGAACUAACCGAAGAACAGAUUGAGAUCAGAGAUGCUUUUUCAAAGGCAGAUAACGAUCGGAAAGAAUCAAAUAAAGAUCGAAUUGAGACUAAAACUGAUAAAAAUAUUUCCACAAUAUCAAGAUUGCAAUAUAUAGGUAAUAAUAAGUUUAAUUAUUUAUUAAUUAUCUGUUAUAAUUUUAAAUUAGUUAAAUUCGAAGGUUUUAAACAACAAUUUUGUUUAUCUAUAAAAUUAUUGUUUGCUAAUUUACGAAAACAUAGAUACCGAAUUCGUAAGAUAGUUGAUUGA